AUGGCGCCGACGCAGCGGCGCGCGAAGCGCGCGGCGCCCCAAGAUCCUCGCAUUCCUCCGGGCGCUGACGUCACGCGCAGUAUAUACUAUGAUGCCAAGUUUAAUCCGUACGGCGCGCCGCCGCCAGGGAUGCCGUACAAGGAGCGAUCGCCGACGCCGGAUCCCUACGCACUGCCGAGCGACGACGAAGUCGCGCUCCCAUCUGCGCCGCCGCCCGACAAGAGCGAGGCACAGAGCGGCGGCGAGGACAGCGAUGACGAUAUCGUCAUGCCCGUUGGGCCGCCGCCAGGCAAGCCCAGUGCCCCGAUGCCCGUCGUCCAGCCUCGCGCCGUGGCACAGCGGCUGCAGCCCGAAGAAGUCGCGCCUGUCACGUACACACGCCCUGCAAAAGAUACCCAAGCGCCGGAGCACGCCUCGCCCAGCGCCGAAAAGGGGCCCGCCGCACCGCACAGCACGGCGUCCUCUGCACCGACCGAUACGCUGUCUGCCGCGCCGCAGAUGCGCGACUUUAAGCGCGAUGCCACCGCCUUUGUCCCGGCGUCGGUGCGCAAGAAGCAGCGUCGCUAA